AUGGGGGCAAAAAUUGCAGGACACCUUGAAAUUAUAGCAGAGACAUUGGGAGCAGAAGAUGCCCAAGAUGUUUCUUUUGCUGGGGUUGGAUGGAAUAAUGAUCAGGAUAGUAGCGUAAAUGAAGAAAGUCCAUAUUCAGCUGCUGAAUCUGGUGUCAAGUCCAGUGAUUCAUCUACUCAAGUACCAGGAAGUACACAAGGAAAAUCUGAUAUAGGAUCUUCAAGGCUAUCUUCUUUAUUAAAAAUUGAUGAAGUGCGAGUGGCAGAGGACAGCAAAGAACUAAAUGAUAAUAGUGAAUACUUGAUCAAACCCCAUCUGUUGCCAUCGAGAUUUUCAGCACGGAUGGUUGCAAUGAUCUCUUGGUCUUUCACAAAAAAAAAGAGAGAAGAAGUUUUCAAAAAUUUGCUGGCACUGAAUCUUCCUAGAAACAGCAUUUUAGAUACAACAAUAUCUGGGUCAACAAGGAAGGAAAGCAAUGAAGGCAGCCUCCUUUUCAAGAUAACGGCAAAAUCCUUCUCCAAGAGGUGGCAAAAUGGAGAAAUUAGCAAUUUUCAGUACCUCAUGCAUCUCAGCACUCUGGCAGGCUGUGGGUACAGUGAUCUCACUCAGUACCCAGUAUUUCCUUGGUUCCUGGCAGAUUAUGAGAGUGAGAAUCUGAAUUUAUCAGAUCCCAAAUCUUUCCAUAUGCGAGGUGGGAUGAUCCAGAGGUUCCCAAAUUUCAUUAUGGUUCCCAUUAUUCUAGAGCUGGGAUUAUUCUUCUCUACCUUUUACGUCUACCUCCAUUUAGCAUCGAGAAUCAGAAGCUGCAGGGUGGACAAUUUGACCAUGCUGACCGUCUUUUUCAAUCGUAUACGUGAUGCCUGGUUGAGUGCUUAUGGGAAAGGCAAGACAUCAGAUGUCAAAGAACUAAUUCCAGAGUUCUUCUCUAUGCCGGAAUUUCUGUUGAACAGGUUCGAUCUUGACUUAGGACAGAAACAAUCAGGAGAGAAGGUUGGUGGUGAUGUUUUACCUCCAUCACCAUGGGACAAGGGCAGUGCUAGGGAGUUCAUUAAGAAGCAUAAGGAAGCUUUGGAGUCUGACUAUAUUUCACAGAAUUUGUAUCACUGGAUAGACCUCAUCUUCGGAUAUAAACAGAGAGGGAAGGUAAAUUUUUCCGCUUGUGAUCUCAUGCCUUCAGGCUUCAAUUUCCUUCUAUAUUCAUUCUUGGUUAAUUCCGACUGUAGUGUUGACAUAGACUCAAUUACAGAUCCUGAAACAAAAUCCUCGAUUCUGGCACAAAUUAAUCACUUUGGACAAACGCCAAAACAACUACUCUUGAAGCCUCAUGUGAAAAGGAAAACUGAAAGAAAGCUUCCUCCUCAUCUGCUAAAACACUCUAUGCAUAUUCUACCUCUUGAGAUAUGCAAGAACUCAUCUUUAAUAUCUCAAAUUGCGACGUUUAGUGACAAGAUUCUUGUGGCCGAUAGGCUUCUUUCUCCUCUUGAAAAUCUUCAUGGAGGGAACCAAAUCCAGUGGGCCAGUGCGAACCAUGAUGGUCAGAUUCUGGUCACUGGGGCAGACAAUGGUUUGAUUUGUGUUUGGAGAAUUAACGAAGAUGGACCUGAUAUUAUUAAUCGGUUGGAGUUGGAAAAGGCUCUUUGCACCCACUCAGGGAAAAUUACUUGCCUUCAACUUCCUGAGUUCCCUUCACCUAUUUCCGCAAUAUAUAUGAAUGACAUGACUGGUGAAAUUGUGACUGCAGCUGGUGUCAUGCUAUCCAUUUGGAGCAUUAAUGGGGAUUGUCUUGCCAUCGUGAAACACAUCACAACUUCCAUCAGAUCUCAUUCUUUCUCUUGCAGGUUAUACCUUCUCCGAUUGGCUGGAAACCAACUGGCUAUCGAAAUCAAAGAAAAUACAGAUCCUACAGGGUGGCUAGAACUUGGAGGUAAAGUUCCCGAGUACGUAUUCAUUCUAAACAAGGUGUUAAAAUCCCAUAAAUUUCCUAUUACUGCUCUACACAUCCCGAGGGACCUAAAACAGUUGUUGAGUGGGGAUUCUAGUGGUCAUCUGAUUUCAUGGACUUUACCUGACGAGAGCUCUUAG